AUGCAGUUUGCCACCAUUGCAAGCUUUCUCCUGAGUGCCUCUCUGGUACUCGCCGCUCCCGCCCCCGAGAAAACCCUCAACAAGCGCUUCGAACUUGACCAUGUCCCCACAGGCGAUAUAACGUGCCCAGACCACAGCACCGGCGGCGACUCCACAUUCUCCGGCGCCUACGCAGCCAACAACAUCGAUCUCGUACUCGUCAACAACAAUAAAAAGAAAGGUGGCUACCCCAAGCCCUUCAACCCCAAGAACCCUAAAUCGAGCCAAUUCGAAUGGAAAAACGGCUGCGAUCCCAACAAAAUAUUUGAAUUGCCGCUGUGGAAGAAUAGCUUUGGCGUUGAGAUGCCGUGGGUGGUCAACGACAAUAAUAACAAGCCGGGGGCGUUUAGGGAGUAUUAUCAAUGGGAUUCUGCGACUUCGAAGGCUAUUUGGUGUGGUGCAUAUGCUCAUGCGGAUUCACAAAGCAAUGGGGAUUUUGUGACUUGUCAUUAUUAG